CAAUUUUUUUGAGAGUUUUCAUCUUUUUUUACAUUUCAUAUGCAACUAAUAAGUAGAUGUUUUUUUUCUGUUUUGGAUCAGUUAUCAGAGCCCAAGUUGAAGUCUUCAAAUAUCUUCUUCUGUCCGACCAGCAGUCCAGAACACACAGAUAUAUACGUAACAAUGUUAUGAGACAGAAAAAAGCGACACAUUUAAUAAUAAUAAUAGUUAUCACUUGUACGCAUGCAAUUUCGUCAUUUAAGGCACGCAGAGUUCUAUGGAAUUUACUGAGGUAAUUCUUGCUCUACAGAGGAUGAACCGCUCACAUUUCAAUGACCACAUGACUUUUCUGAACGCGAUCUUGUGCUGUUUGCUACCCAUCUUGGUUGGCAUUAAUCUGCAGUCUUUAUCUUCUAAUAAAUAAUGCCACUGCUCUCACCUGGAUGCUGCUAAAAACAUCCUUCAUUCAUGCCACUGUGCAUUUUAGGACAGAUAAAAGAAGAGCGUGUUGAAUUGAUGCUAACUUCAGCAGCUUUGACCAUAUUGAGGGCGGCAGGGCAGGCAGGUCGGGGAGGGAGGGGCAUGUGAAGCUCCUAAGAAGAUUUACUCUUCUUUUUUCACCCAGUUUGUCAACCUCCUUUCGUUUGUCCCUCUCUCUUUGCCGGCUUCCUCACUUCCUCUGCUGAUUCACUGUUCAUCUUUGCCAGUUGUCUCUCUGGAUAAUAGAGCUCCAAACCACCAAAGAUGCACCUAAAAACUACAUGAUUCUGCAAAUGCAGGAGGUGUAGGUCAGAGUGGAAACAAGUGUCUUUAUUUCUGUUUAUUUGUUGCGACAGCCUGUAUAUCUUAAAAAGACAAGCGCCAACCUCCAGGCCUGUAAAAAUGAAGCAAAUGCAGAAGUGCCUUAAACUUGCAUUAUUGCUAGUGACCACCAGGAUGUGUAAAAUAAGUCCGAUCGAUAGAUGUCUGAGAAAAUUACCCAAUUUCCUUGUCCCCCCUCAGCCCACAGACUUGCUGCCACACUGAACUAACAGAAGAUAACAGAAUGUCAGACAAACCACGGCCCAGUUCCUACUCGCAAACCUAUCUUGCACAUUUGCUCCCAGGAAGCUUUAGUGUGUCUCGCCUCUCUGUCCUGUCGCUGCUGUCUCUCAACCCCAUUCAGUGUCCCUGACCCGUCCCCACCCGUCCCCAUUCCCUGCUGUUGUAGGACGAGCAGCAGGUGGACAGAUGUUGUCUGCUGUCAGUGUGAUCAGCAGCAGUGAAGGGAAGGAUUUAGUUGGUGUUAAAUCCAUGCCAGCGUUUCCAUCUAAAAAAAAAAAGCAGUCGACUAAUGUGUCGGUGUCAUGCAACAGCAGUUUUUGUUGGUUCCUACUUCGCCUGGUUUUCAUUCAGUCAUUCCCUCUGAUGAUUGUCCUACUUUAAGUCUCAAGGCUGUUGUUUGUGUUUCUUAUGUUAACGAUGAGUCUUUUGUCUGCGCUGCUGAGUUUUACCACGACUGUGCGUUUGUCUUAUAGCGCAGGGAUUAAGACGAGAUUGAUUCCUGAACGUAGAAGUUGUGGCACGCUGAAGAUCAUCACGAGCACAAACGUUAUCUGCACUCUAAGCAGAUUUGAUGCAUGUGGGUAAAGUAUAGUUCAAAACUGAGGAGAAGCUCCAAAUCCGUCCGCUGUCAUGUGUUCCAUCGCCAGAAAGAUGUUCCCACAAAGUCUUAGAUUUUAAGCUCUUAUUGCUUUCUGUUAUUGUAAAAGCUCCUUCUUUUGUCCUUUUGCUGGGAAGCUGUAAUCGCAUUUGUACUGAUAAUUUACAGUAAAACCAUCUACAGUUUAGUGUGCAGUCGAGGGAUUAUUGGGUCCCUGAACAGAUUGAAGGCAGUGACCUAAUACGCUUGUUCUGCUCAGAGCUACGACAGUUUGCUGGUAUAUCUUUAAAAAGAACUUCCUAAAAAAAAAUGUAAAACAAUCUUUAGUUCAGAAGGUUCUGCUUAUAAAAAAGAAGAAGAAAAUAAACUAGUUUAGACAACUCAGAUGAUGCUUGAGAUAUUUGGCUGGUUUGUUUUGCGAACAGUCGCUUAAGUUUAACAGAAAUAUCCCUUUCUUUAAAAAAGGCAUUUGUUAGAAAUGAUGCACGGUGGAAAAUGAAGGAUUCAGUGGUUUUGGAGCUUGACUCUGUCUUUCUUUCAAUUUCGGUUAUAACAUGGUAUCCGGGUGAAGUUAGUGUGAUUGUUGGCUUAGAUAGCAUGGGAUUAGAUGUUAUGUUUCCACAUUGCUGCGUUUCAUAACUUUCUCUUCUGUUAUCUCUGUUUUUUUGUUCUUUUUUUAGCUGCACCUUAAACUCUGUUAACCAGAAACAGAAACUGGAUCUUGAGCUCUGGCUGCUGCACCUGAACUUGAACCACUGACAAUGACAAGAUUGUUGACCCUCAUACAGUUAAAUACAUGUAACUAGGUUCUUCACUCCAAAGAAAAGGUGUUGAUGUAUACGUGUGUGUGAGGUGUAAAGCAGGACAGGACGACUCGGACAACGUGAAUUAAUUGCAGAUUAUUUGUGUCCCUUUGAGUGCUACAAACUCACAGGUAGAAAGACAUCGCCAAAUGGUUUGUGUGGGACUUUAAGGCUGUUUUUGGAACGGCACAACUGUCAAAAUGAAUGAUGUAUCCACUCGCAUCCCUGCAGAUGAAUGUGCAGACGGUUCCCGAUGUGAACGCAGGCUUUCUGCUCGUUCAGGUGGUUGGUGUGUCUGUUUGCUUCCUUCGCUGACCUUGAACGCUUCGUUGCUGGACCGGCAUCAGCAGGUCAGCUAAUGUUGUGACUGUGAUUUCUAAAAGUGUAUUUUUGUUUUCUUCCGCUUUUGAUAUCAAAGAAAGGCACCUGUAAUCUCUCCUGCUGAAGUUUCUAACCCUGCUCUGGCUUUGCCCGUCUGCUCUGUGUGUUGUACAAUAAAAGCAGUUUAUCUCAUGUUUGUCAUCAUGUUGUCGCAACUCGUUCUCGUCGCGGCUCGUUCUCGUCCCAGCCCGUCACGCACUGACCUUCGGCCAGGAACUUUAGCGUCCCUUUCUAACUAACUGUGACGCUCCACUACGGUCGCAAUAAACACGUGGUUAACGUUGCGAAUUCAAAAGGAAAAACUUGCUUCGGUUUAGGCAACAAAACUUGUUUGGAAUAAAUAUCAUGGUUGGGCUUAAAAUAAGCAUAAACCAACAUAUUUAUGUAUAAUGACCCACUGAGCACUAGUACACUUUUAGCUCUAAAAUAGCUUGGAUAUGGACCAGGAUUUACUGGCUACAUAUAACACUGCACAUCCCUGCAUUUAUAGUAUAAGUUAUACAUUUUCUAACAAUCCCACAAUGCAAUGUUAAGUUAAAGUACAUUUUGAAAACGUCUCGUAGGGUUAGCAGUUUAUGCGUGUUUUAUCUUAAACAAAAUGUUUUGAACUUAAAAUGCAAGGACCUAAUUUCAGGUCAGAGAAUAACAUCUAGAGCCAUCAAGCGUUUCUGUUUAUCAUCGAGUGUGCGUAAGGUGACAGAAAGUAAGAUACCGAAAUGUGAUCUUUUCAAAGUUGGGAUUCAAUCAAAUGGAUUUGUAACCACCUUCCAAGGGCCGCACUGUUUGUACAAGGAUUUUAACAUAGUGGCCACAGAUGGAAGUGCAGGUCAUGUGACACCCAGGGGACAGACGGACUGUUUGUCAAACAAACUAGAACAUUCUUUGACAACCUUACAAACAUCGACUUUUUGAGAUGUUGACACUCGAGCUCUUAAGGACGAGGCCGAAGUGGAUCCUUUGUGAAACAAAGUUGUUUUGUCUUUUACUCUUGAGACCGCUGUCUGUCCGGUCUCCCACCACCAUUUAUUAUUGGUUUCUUUUAACCAUGAACACAUGUGAAUCACUGUCCGUUCAUCCUCGUCUCAUUCACACACAACACACACAAACAAAUGCACACACACACGGUUGUGUGUUGCUGCUGCUGACCAGCUUCCAGCAGUUGUAAAUCCUCCCAUCAGGACCGGUGACGUUUCUCCUCUCAGCUGGACACACGGACUAUCUGCUGCCCUCGUUUCUUCCUCCCUCCGCGGUUAUUAUUUCAGGCUGAUCGCUUCAGCUCAGCAGUCAGUGACCCUCUGAGCUCACAGCGAACUUGUCCUCCCUCAUCUCUCCGUCCACCACACGUCUCUCUGAGCUCUCUCUCGGCCCCUGUAGCCCCUGGCUCCGGCUGGGCUUCAGAUCCUCCACCAUGCGGUUUCUGUUGGAGAGCAGCUGGAUGAAGUUUGGACCGGCCGGCCGGGACUCUCUGGACUAUUCGCCUGGACCCUCGUCUCUGCCCUUCACCAACGGACAGGCUUCGGGCCAGAGCUCAGGUGAGGCCAUCAUCAGUGCAAAAUCCAUCACCUUCAUCACCCUAGCAGCCGUCUCCGUCCUCCUCCUCCUCUUCAGUGGCCUCGGCUUCCUGAUGUGGCGCCGCAGGCACGGCUUCGGCCUGAACAGCAAACUGGGGUUGGCCAACGUGAUCGCCCUGGAGGACCUGCAGGAUCCGGAGAGGAACUGCGAGCUGCUGUCCUCCAUCCGACGCCAGACCAGCAGACGGCAGUCCAGCAGACGGCACCGGCGGCCCAGCUCCAGCUCAGAGCAGGACACGACGGACGGCGUGUUCCUCAUGGUCUACCUGCCCUCGCCGUAUGAACAGACGCUCACCAGGCUAGCCAGAGCCGCCAGCACGAGCAGCUCCAGGGACUUGGAGCUGCUUCCGCCAAGUCCUGGACCAGAGACGGGCGGCACAGAUCACGAAGACGGGAUGAGGCUGAACGACCAGGCGACCCUUGAGGAAGAAAACAAGGACUGAAUCACGGCAGGAUAC